AUGUCCCCCAAACCAAACCCCCUAACAAUAACCCUCCAACUCCUCACCCUCCUCCUAAUCCUCUCCAUCGUCGGCAAAAGAACCACAACCCUUGUCCUGGCCUCGGUCUUCACCCUCUGGUUCAAGACCAGGUUCACCCUGUACCAGGACCAUGUCGAGGAGCGGCGGUCUACUCGGCGGGAACGAGAGCGCCAGCGUCGGAGUCAGGCGGUUAGGGUUAUUUCGGCGAGGAUUGUGGAGGAGGUUAUUCGGGGGUCUGGAUCUCGGUCUGCACCUGUAUCUGGGUCUGGGCUUGAGAAUGGGAAUGGGGAUUUUGGGGUUUGUGCUGGGGUAAAUGGGGGAGUUGGGGUUGGGGAGAGAUCUUUGGCUCAGGAGGGGUUGGAUAAGAAGUGUGUUGAGGGUUCGGCUGGAGAUGGGGAGAGUGAGAAGGGGUUUGGUGAUCUUGAUGGGGGUGUUGUUGUUGGUGUGCAGGUUUAUGAGGUUGGGGCGUCUGGUUCUUUGGGUGAGGAUGAGGUUUCUGUAGGGGUUGGGGAGGUGGAGGUGUUGGAGGGUGAGGGGGAUGGAGAGGAGAAGGACGGGCAGAGAGAUACUGUGGAGCAGAAGUGGGAGUAUGAUGAUGCUGAGGGAGAGGUCUACAAGGAGCAUGUUGGAGAGGAGGCGAUAGAUGAGAAGGUGGAAGUCAAGGUGAAGGUUGAUGUGGUUGAGGAGAAAGACGAUGAGGGCACUUCUGCUCAAUGGAUUGAGGACAUCGCUGAGGACCAGGAAGAGAAACAGGUGGUUCAGCAGGAUGAGAGCCAGAAGAUCCCAGAGCUGGACGAGGUGAAACAGGAGGAACCCCAGCGGGAAGAACAGAAACCAGAGAGCACAGCAUUGCAAGAUGAGAAACACGAGAACGCAACAUGGGCAGACGACGAGAAGCAAGAGAAGCCCGUCGAGGAGGACAAGAAAGCCACCACAGAAACCAUCCCCAAAGCCAGUGGAACCGAGCCUGAGAAGGAAUCCAAGCAGCCCGAGGCAAAGCAAGUCGAGCCAAAACUCGCCGGGCUAUCUCAAUCCCGAUGGAGCACUUCAUUGUCCGGCUCGAAAAAGGUCCUCGACCCGCGAGCGUCCACCUUCCAGCCAACGGAAUUUAAAUCCAGCGCGAAAAGCCAAUACCAGUUCUCCCUUCCCACAACGACUCGUCCUCAGUCGUCGACGCCACUCGCGUAUAGUUCCAUCGGCAUACUGGCAUCAUCCUCAAGCAGCUCCCCUUUAUCUGCUUACUCUCCGCCGAGCAUUUUCAGCUCCGUGGGGAGAAGUACGCAGAGUUCAACCCCUUCUUAUGGCGAUUACUCUCACAGCCCUUCCUAUGGGUACAACUACUCGGCUACGUCAUCUUAUGGGAAUACACCCUCCUAUGCGAGUUCAUCCUCCUAUACAAACUCCUCCUAUGCGAAUACAUCUUCUUACGCAAAUAAUUCCCCAUACGGGAAUACUUCUUCUUAUGGAAAUUCGUCUUACAGUUGUUACACUCCGAGUCCUUACUACAGCAGCUAUAACUAUGCUUCCGCGAGCUGA